AUGUUGCACAAUAACGAGCUUACGAUGGCCGUUGCGACAUGUUCUUCGACUUACGUCGAGCGCGAGAGGCCCGGGGGAAACAUCGAUAGAACCGUCGGUCCCGUGUCACACGAAAGGAAAAACGCACUCCUCUUUCUAACGGUCACCCGUCACCACCCUGACGCACUGGCAUCGCGCAUAAAGUCGACACAUCCAACUCGGGUGGAGCGGUUCGCCGGGCACGAGCACACUUCGUCGAGGCAGCCGAACGGGGUGGCCGCUUCUCAUUCGUCUGUGGCGAGGCAAGUCCGCGAGACCAUGCAUUCGACGGCCUUGCUGCGCUUGUUCCUGUUCGCGGCGUCAUGCGCGCACUUGGCUUUCGGCGAGCGCCCUUCGGAGCCCCAACCCGAGCGGGUCGGCGGGCAAAUCUCUCCCGCCUGGCCCUGGAAUCCUAUAUCUGUCAACAUUCCUAUCGGACGCGCGACGGCCUCAUCGAUCCCCUUAGUGAUCCUGCCGAUCCCGGUGAACGGUCCCGGCUUCGCCGAGGCGUCUCGAGCUUCAGAGUGUAACGUGCCGCAGAGCUCGGCGCUAUCUGACGAAUCGGACGUCGGGAAGCAUCCCGAACCGCCAUCGCGUCCUCCGCCUGCCGUCUCCUUCGGCUCGACACUCUCGGCCGAACCCGAACUCUCUGUGGAACCUUAUCCUGCGUUCGUCACUUCCAAUGAACUAGACCAAACCGUUCGAAGUCCGCCUCUCACGUCUCCCUUCACGACCGAGCAGCUGGUGGAGAUGUACCGAUCGAAGGAGACCGCGGAUCCCUCUCUACCUCCCGCUCUGCUCUCGAACCACGACAUCUCCGAACGCCUGCCCUUCCAGCCCCCGGACGCCGCUACGACUGAGGCGGGUGUCUACUCUGCGAGCGAAGCGGCGUCGAGUCGCCUCGGCCACCCGCCUCGACCUCUCUUCUCGCGGUCGAUGAGACUGACCGGCGAACUGACCGUGCCCCGCGCCGAUUACACCGAACCCUACACCGUCUGGUACGACGGCGACAGCGGUUCAGCCCGCGUCCAAUACCACGGCGGUUCCGCAUCUACGUACCGAACCUUCGCAUCGGACGGUCGCGUCAAAUAUGUCGAGAUGCACGUCGAUCGGUCGGGCGAGGCGAGCGUCCGACGUUGCGCCCGAGCCGAGUCGGCGGCGUCCGCUCGAGCAGAUCGCGCACCGCCCGCGUUGCCGGACCUCGCGGACUUCUCAUUCGCCGGAUACGUGGGUCGAGGUGACAACGAUACUGUGGAGAGAUGGACGCAUAGCGCCACCGAGAUCCGGGGAGGAGAGAACGCGGCGCGGGGAGAGCGCCUCACCGCGCGGCGCGAGAUUCUGCUCGUGCGCACCUCCGCGACUCCGGAUUCCGCUGUGCCUCUUCAGUACACUGUGAGCUUGGACAGUUCCGUCCUUGGUGACGACUUCGACGGAUAUCAGCAUCGAUACCUGGACUUCGCCCUGGAACAGAAGGAGCGAACGUUCUUUGAGCCGAGAAACGAAGAAAUGUGCGACAACGUGGAAAAACUAAACGAGUCGGACCCGAUCCACUACGCGCGACUCGACCCGCUGAAGGAGUUCACGUUGUCCGGCCGAGACCCACGCUACGCUAUAGUGUUCAAAAGGUUCAAAGCCGAGCACGGUCGUCAGUACAGAGACGCCCGAGAGGACGCCGUGCGAUUAGCGACGCUGGUACAGAGCUCUCGUUACAGCGAUUCCGCCAACCGACAGGGCGCGACGUUCCGUCUCGCCCUCAACUACUUAGCCGACCGACUUCCCGCCGAGCUGAGCCUGCUCAUGGGCGCCGAGGCGCUGGCCGGCGACGCCGACGCUGCGAAGCCUUUUCCGCAUUCGCGUCGCGACGUCGAGCGGGCGGAAUCUCGUUCGCCCGAGCGUUUCGACUGGCGCCCGCGCGGAGCCGUCUCGCCCGUUCAGUUCCAAGGCGAGAAAUGCGCAUCGUGCUGGGCGUUCGCCGUGAGCGGCUCCGUGGAAGGUGCCCUGUUCGUGCGCACGCGUCGCCUAGUCCCGCUGUCGCCGCAGUGCCUGGUGGACUGCGCGCAUCCGUUCGGAGGACGAGGCUGUGGCGGCACGUGGCCGGCGCACGCCUACGAGUACGUGCGCGCUCGGGGUUUACCCGCGGCCGACGAGUACCCGGCUUACAGCGCCACCGUCCAGCGCUGCGGGGACGAGCGCGUGCCUCCGGUCACGCGCAUCUCGAGUCACGUCAACGUUACGAGCAACAGCGUCGCAGCACUUAAGGUAGCGAUAAAGCAACACGCGCCGUCGGUCGUCCUCGUCGACGCCAACCACAUGAGCUUUGUCCUGUACAAGGAAGGCGUGUUGUACGACGACCGUUGCGGCAAGACGCUAAACAAGUUGAAGCACGCCGUAUUAGCAGUGGGAUGGGGCGCGCGCAAGGGCGAGACGCAUUUCGUACUGAAGAACUCGUGGUCGGCCGCGUGGGGCGACCGCGGGUACGUGCGCGUGCAGGCGCGCUCCAACUCGUGCGGCGUGCUCACCCAGCCCUCUUACCCCGUGCUGGAGCGCAAAGAUGUGCUUCGUGAAGAUCUGAUUCGCGCUCGACCUUCGUAA